AUUUUCGACGGUCGGACAGUACCGUUUUUUUACUGAGUAGAUCUACUAGCGAAUGACACCGUUUACUUUUCUUCUUUGUACUAACGGUACCCAUUCAGCCAUUGACAAGGAGUAUCCCGCCGCCCGAAGUAUUCUGCUUGCACAACCGUCAUUGUACAUUGUACAUAAUUAUACUUGUAACUAGGGAGUGGUAAAGUUCCUGCUUGUAAAGUAACGUUGUAACCCCGGAGGUCAUUUCGCGAUUAGAGUGUGGGAGCGUGUGGUUCAACCGCCGUUCACGGAAAGGGACGGAGCAGCCGACAUGCUGUCGCCGCGAGUUCGGGUCAAAUCGGAGCGAGACUCUCAGCUACAACAGGAGAAAGAGAAUGGAAGUCGCUGGACAUGCGCUCUCUGUUCGGGUGAGCUGAGAGGUGCAAAGCUAUUACCUUGCUUGCAUCCUAUUUGCUCGACAUGCAGGAUAUCCGCAAAGUGCCAAGACGGAUCACUGCGAUGUGACCGCUGCUCGUACAUCGCUUCGCCGCGUCAAGUCGACCGAUUGUGCACGGACUACUUGGCGUGCGACAAAGUGGCGCUGCGGACGUUGCACGACCCGCAAAAGCCCAUUGUCUGUGAUGAGUGCGUGGCAGAGGAGAUAGCCACCCAUCGCUGUGUCAACUGCUACCUAUUCUUGUGCAGUGUUCACCUUGCCUCACACCGAUUGAGCAAGAGCACAAAAUCACACAAUCCAAUAUCACUGAACAGAGCUUCGUUUGCAUCUCUUGCAGCAGGGAGCAAAUCAGAGCAAAUGGACAUGUCGUCGUCGCUGCUGCCUUCGGCGCAGAGUGGCAUACAGUGUCCCCGGCAUGCACAGAACGAAGCCGAGUUGUUCUGCGAGAGCUGCAGCGAAAGUGUGUGCCGGGACUGCAUAGUCGUGGAUCAUAAGUGUCACAAGUGGUACUUCAUGGAAGAUGCCGUGCAGCGGGCAAACUUCUCACAGCUUGUGCCCAGCGCUGAGAAAGCGCUGCGCAAAGCUCGUGCCGCCUUGGAUGCGGUGAGAGUAUCGAGAGAAGCACUGGCCACCAACUUGUGUUCUGCGCGUGAUGAUGUUGAGAAGGUGCAGCAUGAAAUUCAACAGCUGCUUGAUCAGCGCUCAAGCGAGCUGCGCACUCAGGUCCACGCCAUGCAGGUGAGAAAAUCUACACUCCUCGACAAUCAGCGAAUGCAGUUGAGCUCUCUGGAAGGAAAGCUAGCGCAUGCAUGUAUGUUUGCCAAUACGCUACUGGAGUACGGGAGCAAACGGCAAUGCCUAGCUCUCAAGGGUGUAGUGGAUGCUCGCCUGAAAAGUCUUCUUGCUGAUGCCUGCGAGAAGCCAUUUCUGCCGCACGAUGAUGGCUCUUUGGACGUGAAAUUUGACUUGUCUAGCUUUCAGGAGACUUUAUCACAGCUGGGUCAAGUGACGUCGGCAGCUCUGACAAAGCACAAUUGGCUGAUGGUACCUGACAGUUGCUACACACAGGACAGUGUGCUGAUCCGUGUGGACAUGCGAGAUGAUGCGGCCCAGGUAGCCGGUAGGACACUGGGCACUGCAGCCAUAGGCUGCAAAGUCACAGGACCUGCUGGCCAAGCUCAAGACGUGGACGAUGCACGCACAAAAGAUGGCCAGAAAACGUUCAAGUUCACUCCGAACUGCGGCACAGGAUGUUACACGGUUAACCCUACUGUCGGUGGACUUCCUGUCUUGGGUUCCGUGGCAACCAUCUCUGUCACUGAGCCACCAUGGCGCUUCCAGUAUAGUUCAAAGUCUUCCAUACUCAAACAGCAUGGACGGAAGCACCCAGCGUACAUCUCACCAUCCGGUCUUCUUGCCACCUUUCAGAAUGAAAUGCCCAGGGGCAAGAUUCAGCAGCAGCAAAUCAACAAGUGCAAGUUUUUUGGCUCCUGGGGCUUAUCAAAGCCGUAUCGACUUAUUGCUGGAAGCAGGGAGCUAAGCAAAGACGAUAAGAACGGUACAUGCAUUUGGCGUGUCCGCAUAGUUCGGCAAGAGAGCUCUUCAAUGAAAAGCAGUGGUUCCCAAGACCUGGAUCAGCCCGACUUUGGGGUCGGAGUGCUGGUCAACUUGUCGGCGGAGAGCAUUGAAGCGCGCAUCCAGGCACGUGGCUACAGCCAUGAUUUUGUUCAAUCAUGCCACACCAGUGCCGUGGUAUGCUUUAGCACCGGCACAGUGUUUUGUGGAGAAAUGCGCUGCGAGCACCCUCAUUUAACAACGCGCAGCGAAGACAAGUCGAGCAAGCUGCACUUCCAGAACGGGGAAGAACUCACUCUAGAGUACGAAGCCAGCAAUGCAUGCUUGAUGAUUUCCCAAGCAACCCUGGACUUGAAGUGUAUUGUACACAUCCCAACUGGAUCCAUGCGAAUUGUCCCAUUGGAUGCCGACAGCGAAACUGUGUUUCAAAACAUUGUCUUUCAGAAUAUUGUGCGUCACACGCAAGUAACAGUGGAGGAGCCGCAGGACAACUUUGGCAGUGUUUCCUGCAUAGUACCAGUGGUGUGGGUUUCAGCUGACUGCUCUUGUCAGGUUUCUCUUGCCUUUCCAGUCACAGUGCAGCAUUGAUGAAAACAGUACCUGGCGUGGUCCACUGUUCAGGCAGCAGAUUGCUGGAUUGGGCACUGUUAUCAUUCUGAAUUGAAUUCAGUAUGGUGUGCACAUCGCACACGUUCAUGUCCCACAUUUGGAUUGGGCAGCCUCCAGCCAAAUCUUUGGGUCAGACAUUUUUGAGAUAGAAUUCAAGGCUUGAUUUGGUGCAAAGUUUGCAUUGGAGAUGGUUUGCCAGACUGAUUUUGAUCUUAGUUGCGCAACAUGUAUGUCAUCACUGAUCACUGCUGUAGAUGAUGUUAAACGCCAACCUUACUGAGCUGGACACGUGCCUCUUUGCAUUGGGGUUUUGCUGUGCUCUUGCAAGAGAUGUGCAUGUGCUUGUGUGUGUUUGUGUGCGGGUGUUUAUAUGUGUUGCUGUAUGUGUAUUUGUUUGCUUGUGUGCUUGUGGUUGCACCCUCACCGUGUUUGUAUUCUGUUGAAAAUUGUAGACUUUAAUCAUUGCUGUUGGUCACUGGUUCCUGUUAUAUGGUCGUACACGCAGUAAUAGUUGUAAAUCUCAGUUUUUAUUUCCUCAUCCCAUCAGCUUCAUCAUAACUGCUCUUUCACAUACUUCUAGAUUACUGUUUCCCAAUGGUUUGUGACACAACAGAAUUAUGCCAAUGGGCAACAUCUUUUUCAUACCUGUUUUCCACUGAUGAAGUCAACGCUCCUUAUAUCGGCUUAUCACUCCCUUAGUAUUGACUCACAUAGAUUUUUGCCAUACCUAAGCAGUCAAAUAUUCCUGCAUAUUUCA